AUAUAUUGCAGUACACAAAAAAUGGCGUCGAGUUCUGUUCUGGGAUCUUCUGACGUUCAUUACGAUUUUUCUUGUACACCUUGUUCUGAAGAUGGAAAAAAUAUGGAGGCUGUUAAUUUCUGUGUUAACUGUCAAAUAUACUUUUGAGAAUCUUGUGUUGGACUUCAUAACGAAGUGUUAAAAUCUCACAGUGUACUUGAUCAGGCCGCCAUGAAAGCAGGAUCUCGAACACAAUCGAAAACAACUGCGAUAUUACCGACGGGCGACUGCGAUGACCAUCCAGGAAACGUGAUCCAGAUGUACUGCGGGGAGCAUGAUUUACUUUGCUGUACUGUGUGUGUCGCUGUUGAUCAUAGGUCAUGCAAGGGUGUAGACUUUAUACCGAAAGUGGCAGAAGGAAUCAUGAAAGGUCAAGAACAGGUUGAAACAAAAGCUUCACUAGAUGCCGUCUACAAGAAUCUGCAGCAACUCAAAGCGGAGAAAACCAAGAAACUGUCCAAGUUAAACAAGGCCCAAGAAGACAUACCCAAAGAGAUUAAACAGUUUAAAGACCGAAUUAUAGCCAGAGUAGAAGAAGUGGAGAAAAAAUCUGUAACAGAGGUAUGUGCGAAGUACAAAGAAAUCUCUGGUCAAAUAAACAGCGAAAUAAACUCGCUUGACGAAUGUCUGAAAACUAUUGCUGAACAGAAAAAGACACUUGACGAAAUCAGUGGAGAUAAUGAAGUACAGCUGUUUGUGGGUGUAAAACAAAGUCAGAAAGUGAAAACAAAGGGUGAAAACUUGAUUGAGGAAUUGAAACUUAAGGAUAUUAGAACAAUUUUGUUUGAGUUUGAUAAUCAUUUUGAAUCCGUUAUCAAAAAAACUGAAUCCUUCAGUGCAUUGUCCACAGGUCAUCCAGUGUCUGAUAAUGCAAAUCGUCCGUACACCGCGUCCUUAAUUGGUGAAUAUAAUUGUAAGACAAAUACAUGUAGUUCUGAAUGUUUGAUUUCGGCUGUUGUGUGUUAGACAAUGGUCAUGUUCUUAUUACCGACUAUAACAAUGAAAAUUUAAAACGACUUGACUCGACGUACAAACUGAAAGACUUCUGUCAAAUAACAAGACCAUCUGGUGCAUGUCAGACUGGACCAAAUGAUGUAGCUGUGUCUUCGUGGGAUGGUAGAAAGAUUUGCCUUGUUAGCAUUGGCAAUAAUAUGACUUUGAAGCGAUCAUUCAGUGUUGUUGAGCAUUGUAGGGGAAUCACUCGUCACAAAGGCGAGCUUUUCAUUGCAUGUGGAACUUACGGAGGUGGUGGAAAUACGUAGGUGUAUGACUUGUCUGGAAUUCUUCUACGUACUUUGCAGUGCAAUGUUGUCUCCAUAAUGCAUAUGUCGAUAAAGUACGAUGGUUCAGAUAUUGUUUUAGCCGAGAAUCAAAAUGGCUGGAACAAAUUGAAUAGACAAGGUGAGAAAACAUCAGAAUUCUCUGAUACUUGUCUGAAAUUUGUAUAUGGUGUAUGUGGCAGUACAAGUGGUGAUUUGUUCGUAUGUUGUAAGGACUCGAACAAUGUUGUCCAGUUUGACAAAGACGGGGAAAUG